AUGGACUUUGGAGGUGGGCGCAAGAGAGGCAGGCCCGAAGCUGCCUCCUUUAAUGGCAAUGGCGGCUUCAAGAAAUCCAAGCCAGAAAUGGAGUCCUUUACAACUGGUAUAGGAAGCAAAUCGAAGCCAUGCACAAAGUUUUUCAGCACUUCUGGGUGCCCUUUUGGUGAGGGAUGUCACUUCUUGCAUUAUGUUCCUGGCGGCAUCAAAGCGGUGUCUCAGAUGACUGGUAGCAACCCAACUCUUCCUCCUCCUCCUAGAAACUCAGCAGGCCCUCCAUCAUUUCCAGAUGGUUCUUCUCCUCCAUCUGUCAAGACCCGGUUGUGUAAUAAGUACAACACAGUUGAAGGUUGCAAGUUUGGGGAUAAAUGCCAUUUUGCGCAUGGUGAGUGGGAGCUUGGGAGGCCCACUGCUCAGUCCUAUGAAGAUCCUCGUGGUGGGGGAGGAUAUCCAGGCAGGAUGGGAGGGGGUCGGAUGGAGCCUCCCCCGCAAACUCAUGGAGCUGCAGCAAGAUUUGGAGCCACUGCCACAGCUAAGAUCAGCGUUGAUGCUUCACUUGCUGGAGCCAUAAUUGGAAAAAAUGGGGUGAACUCAAAGCAAAUAUGUCGUGUGACUGGGGCAAAGCUUUCUAUAAGGGAGCAUGAGUCAGAUCCCAAGCUGAGAAACAUUGAGCUCGAGGGUACCUUUGAUCAAAUUAAAGAUGCCAGUGCCAUGGUUCGUGAGCUUAUUGUGAACGUGAGCUCAGCUGCUGGACCUCACAUGAGGAACAACCCUGGUAUGGCAGCUUCAGCGCCAGCAAGCAACUUCAAGACUAAGCUUUGUGAGAACUUUACUAAAGGCACAUGCACGUUUGGGGAUAGGUGCCACUUUGCACAUGGACCAGAAGAAUUGCGCAGGCAGGGGAUGUGA